AUGGCCGGGGAGCCUGCCGGGGCCGGGGCCGGGGCCGGGGCCGGGGCCGGGGCCGGGGCGGGGCCCGAGCUGGACCAGGAGAAGUACGAUGCGGCCGAGAACGUCAAGAUCAUCUGCCUCGGGGACAGCGCCGUGGGCAAGUCCAAGCUCAUGGAGAGAUUCCUCAUGGAUGGAUUCCGGCCCCAGCAGCUAUCCACCUAUGCCCUGACCCUCUACAAACACACGACCACCGUCGACGGCAAGACCAUCCUUGUGGAUUUCUGGGACACGGCGGGCCAGGAGAGGUUUCAGAGCAUGCACGCUUCUUACUACCACAAGGCACACGCCUGCAUCAUGGUGUUCGAUGUGCAGAGAAAGGUCACCUACAAGAACCUGACCACCUGGUAUUCGGAGCUUCGAGAGUUCCGCCCCGAGAUUCCCUGCCUCGUGGUGGCCAAUAAGAUUGAUGUCGACACCAGCAUGACCCAGAAAAGCUUCAACUUUGCCAGGAGGUUUGCCCUGCCCCUGUACUUUGUCUCGGCCGCCGACGGCACCAAUGUUGUGAAGCUCUUCAAUGACGCCAUCCGUUUGGCGGUUUCUUACAAACGGAAUUCCCAAGACUUCAUGGAUGAGGUUUUGCAAGAGCUUGAGCUUUUCUCACAGAACUUUGAGCUGGAGAAGAAGGUGGGGUCCGGGUCAGAGCAGCAGCAGAGUGAAGCCCUGGGGAAUCUUCCGUCUCCCUGAGUCUCGUCUGCCCCUCCCGUCUCCUCACAACCCCGGCACCCCAUGAAGCAGCCUGGGGCCUGCCACCCCAACCUUGCUGCCUCCCCCUCUGCCAUCUCCCUCCUGCUCCUCACUGGUACCCAGCUUUUCCAGCAGCGGCAUAUGGCAGGAGAAGCACAGAGACCCCAACCCAAAAGGGAGGGAGCAGGGUCCCUAACAGGACCCAUCCUGGAGAUGCAGAGUCUGUCCCCAUCAUCCCCACACACAUCCCAGACCAGGUCAGGGAUCAGAGUCAGUGCCGGACAUCCACACCCCAGGAAAAGAAGUGGGGGGUCUGCCAUCCCCACUCCAUUUGGACUGGGGCAAUGAGGUGAUAUUCUAUGUAUCCACCCAAGGAACAGAAAAUUAAAUAUUUUUUUCUCAA